UUGGUCCAGAUUUGUUACUUAUAUAAAGGCGUGGACAUUUUCAAAUGCCACUUUGUGUCGGAAAAUAUCUCGGGUUACAGCUGUUGCUGCCACUUGAUAUUUAAACAGCUGCCUAGAAUAUUAAUUGGUGAAUUCUACACAAAGAUUAAUCCUUUUGAACUGUAGUUUAAACUUUUGGUUCUCUUUUAUAGCUGUGGUUUAGCUGUUUAAGGAAGUCUUAAUGUUGCUGUAGUCUGUAGUGCUUCUGAUCUUCUAUUCCAAACCCCAAAAAUCGAAGAUUUAUACUGUCUGAUGUGGUUCUUCAAGCUGUUGGUUAUUCUGGCUUUCUCUAAUACCCAUGUGAUAGUGAGAAGCCACAAGUAUACCAGCACAUGGGCUGUGCAAGUAACUUUAGAUACUGAUGGAGCAAAGAGAAUUGCUGAAAAUUAUGGAUUCUCAUACAAACUGAAGAUUUCUGCUGAUUGCUAUCUUUUUGAGAACAAAAGCCUACCCACGAUUUCUUCACAGCCAACUCAGAUUCAGGGAGAUGGUCUGAGUGCAGAGCCAUUGGUCAUUUUGUUCUCCCAACAAGUAAGGCGGAAGAGAGUUCUCUAUGACAGCCAGCUAUCCUCUGUCUUAUUUAAUGAUCCCAGGUGGAGAGAGCAAAGAUGGUAUUUGAAUUCUCCUGACGGAAAAGGAAUGAAUAUUGACAAGGUUUGGCAGCAAGGUGUAACUGGCAAAGGGAUUGUUGUUGCAGUUGUUGAUGAUGGCCUUCAGGAAUUUCAUCCUGAUCUAAAAGAUAAUUAUGAUCCUGAAGCAAGCUUGGAUCUGGUAGAUUUGGAUGACACUUUGGCACCUGAUCCUGUGGGGACAUUUGCAGGGCACGGUAAUCGUUGUGGUGGAGUCAUUGCAGCUUCAGCUAAUAACAGUCAAUGUGGGAUUGGAGUUGCCUUUAAUGCAAAACUUGGAGGUAUUCGUAUAUUUGGAGAUGACGACCCUACAGAUUCCAUGGAGGCUCUAGCGUUUCAAUACCAGCAACAGUACAUAGAUAUCUAUUCAUGUAGCUGGGGUCCUGCUGACACAGGAUGGACCAUGGAAGGACCAAAACAACUAGCAAGAGACCAGCUGGAGAAAGGAACAAAAAUAGGCCGACAAGGGAAAGGAUCAAUAUUUGUUUUUGCAGCUGGAAAUGGUGGAAGAGAAUUUGAUAACUGUGCUUACAAUGGAUAUGCAAACAGUGUCUUCACUAUUACCAUUACUGGAGUCAGUAGAAAUGGAAGCAUCCCUGGAUAUGCUGAGAGGUGUUCAGCGAUAAUGGCUUCCACAUACAGCCAGGAUAACAUGGGAGCUGGAGUUGAUGCUAUCAUUACUUCAGACCUGAAUGACACCUGUACAUCAACAUUUGCAUCAACCUCAGCUGCAACUGCAAUAGCUUCUGGAAUCAUAGCUUUGGCACUGGAAGUCAAGUCAGUACAUAUCGUAACUUCUAUGUUUACUGCUGUGUGGAAGGGAUGUCCAUUCAUUAGUGAUNGGACUUUGCCUGCAGGUAACGUUUGA